GCUCCCUGGGCCAAAGGCAGGUACUAAACCACUGAGCCACCCAGGGAUCCCUGGGCCCGGCAGAAUGGCUCCCGCAAAGAAGGGUGGUGAGAAGAAGGGCCGUUCUGCCAUCAAUGAGGUAUUGACCAGAGAAUACACCAUCAACAUUCACAAACGUAUCCAUGGAGUGGGUUUCAAGAAGCGUGCCCCUUUGGCACUCAAAGAGAUCCAGAAAUUUGCCAUGAAGGAGAUGGGAACUCCAGAUGUCUGCAUUGACACCAGGCUCACCAAAGCUGUCUGGGCCAAAGGAAUAAGGAAUGUUCCAUACUGUAUCCGUGUGCAGUUGUCCAGAAACCGAAACAAAAAUGAAGAUUCACCAAAGAAGCUCUACACGCUGGUUACCUACGUACUUGUCACCACUUUCAAAAAUCUACAGACUGUUAAUGUGGAUGAGAACUAAUUGCUGAUUGUCAAAUAAAGGUAUAAAACUGCAAAAAAAAA